AUGGCGACGGCGACGUCGACGGCGUCAGGGGCCGUGUCCGGGGGCGAGGUGGAUGUUUCGACGGACGCGGAGGUGGGGUCAUCGUCAUCGUCAUCGUUCUCCUCGUGCUCCGACAGCGACGACGGCGACGCCGGCGACGACAUCGACUUCCUGUUCGCCGAGCUCAUGGCCGAGGACAUCCCGGAGGCGGUGGCGGCGGCGGCGGCGGCGGCGGUAGAAGCCACCACCACCGCUGACCAGGAGCUCCUCCUGUACCUGGGCGGCGGGGACGGCGGGCACGCUCCCGUGUCGGCGGUGACCGACAUGGGCUGCGUACGCGCGAUUUGAUAUCAGUGAACCUGCCUGAAUCCCGUCAACCCCCCCCCCUCCCCCCCCCCCCCACCCUAGAGAUUUGUGUUAAGUUAAGGUAGGAAAACAAAGCUGUGACGCGAGAUGCGGAGGAAAGGGGUGCCCUCGGUAGUGUUAAGUUUUGUCAGUGGUGUGGGAUUUGUAUAUUUUUUUAGCUUAUUUUACCGCGACGGCGAGUGGCGUGAUUACGCGGUUUAAUUACAGGGGGGGGGGCGGGCGGGGCACCCAUGUUCGCAGUCUACCAUUAGCCGAAUUGAUAGUGCAGCAGUGCCGAACUCUCGUCGCGUUGUUUCGGUUGGUAGUGUAGUCUAGACCGGGCGGACCGAUUUCGUACACUCAAUCGGCUGCUGCUGUGCUUGAGCUUUCUGGUCUGGGAACGUGGAUACCGUAGCCAACCGUACAACCAGUUGUCGUGCGAACGUGGUAUUGUUUGUGUAUAGCAGUCGCCGAUGGGUGUGACACGGUGGGUGGUUGUUUCUUGUCUGUACUGGUUUGCACUCUAUAGACUCAUGCAUGUAGGGUACGAAAAAGUUGUGCGUUCGGGCGGGUGACGCCGAGUGUGAACAGUGUCUCUUUUCUUUUUUACGUGUGAAACUUGAAAUGAUGAAGAGACACAGGCAUAUGCAUACGUUCGUGCAACUAACAUAGAUGCCUAAAAUCCAUGCAGCCGUAAGUGGUAAGGGGGGGUAUCUGUCUUUGUAAAUGGAUCAAACUUUCUUGGGUCAUUUGCACCAUGUAUGGAAGUGCUUCCGUCGUCAUAUUACGUCGACGGUGGCGCUUGGUCUCUUGUAUGUUUAUGUACGAGAGACGAGAGUUUUGAAAGAAAAAAUAGGGGGAACUUUGCUAUUUGUUGGGGUAGCGGCAGCGAGUCAGGGACUAUUUUGCCGUUGCUCGCUGGUAGCGGCGUUGAGGGGUUGUUGUGUUUAUCUUUCCUUUCCUUUGGGAAGAUGGUGGAUCUCGAGAGCGUCUCUCUUCCCGAAUAUUCCCUCCUGUACGGAGAGGAGUAGACGGGUGGAUACGUUGCCUAUAUUGUGCGAUUUUGAGUGUGGGAGAGGCAGAGAGGAAGGGCGACAGAGCUUGCAACCUUGUGCAAGGAGAAACGAAGAUGAAA